AUGUUUCUUCGUUUACUUCUUCUCGCAGCUUUCGUGCCUGUUGUAUACCUGUGGUGUACUCCAUUCAUCGCCUGCAACCAGACUAUUUACGGAGACUUCAGCGAUGCUGAAAAGGGAUUGAAAGUUCUUCUUUUGGGACGUCCGUUCCAGAAAAUGGAUGAAUUGAUCAUCUCGGGAGAAUACUAUAACAAUGGAUCAGAGGUUAUGGAUGAUGCUUCCUUCACCGUUGGACUCUCAAAAGGUCUUAUCAUGCAUCAACUUGGAGAGGAUUUGGAGCAAUACCUAUUGACAACCACACUCGUAGCAAGUGAAGCUAGGAUGAAUGUAUCUGGAUCGAUAACUGGAAAAACAAAAAACUUGUUUGGAGUGAUGUCAAAGCUCAAGCCUAAUGUCACAUGUGAUGAGCCAUUCACUUUCAAAAUCAAGAGUAUUGAUGGGUACGGAUUUUCAUUUGGAAACGCGGAAAAUUUCUCUGAUAAGCAGCAGUAUCAAUACGCAAAGAAAGACAGAGCUCAAUCGGUAUUCUUCGACGGACAAAUCAAGACAACAAAGAUUCGUUUGUGA